AUGCCAGCCCCUCGUGCGGAUAGCCGAAAUGGCCAUAAGCGACGCAAAACCUUGACAGAAUCCAAUCAUGUCCUUGCGGAUUCGAAAUUGAACACUGGGGUGAUUGAAAAUGGUUUAAAUUCCACUUCGGUUUUCAAACCUCGAGCCUACCAGCUGGAAAUGCUGGAGGCGAGUCUACGCGAGAAUAUCAUUAUUGCCAUGGACACGGGAAGCGGCAAGACUCAGGUGGCAAUUCUUCGAAUCAGACAUGAACUUGAAACAUGCGCUGCACACAAGUUCGUCUGGUUUUUGACCCCCACUGUUGCUCUUGCCGAACAGCAGCAUAAAAAUAUAUCCCAGCAGCUCUCUGCAUAUGAAACAAGACUCCUUUUAGGUUCGGACAAUGUGAAUUACUGGUCGACCAAAAAAAUCUGGGAUGAUAUACUCUUAAAUAUCAGAAUUGUUGUUUCGACCCCUCAAGUGCUUCUUGAUGCCAUGACACAUGGGUUCGUAACCAUGCCUCAAAUCGCUUUACUUGUCUUCGAUGAGGGCAUGUUCCCCUCCCAUGGAUGUUAUAUGUACUGUACAUCCGCUAACUGGAUUAGCGCAAUUGAGGACAAUCUGAACGCACGUUGCGAGACGCCGAGAAUCCAUCGGGAAGAGUUGAUGCGAUAUGUUCAUCGUCCAGAACUCUGUACUGUGAAUUUCCAGGAAGAUUAUUCACUAGGUUCAGACAUUUUACGAAGCUUAUAUGAAAUCCUCCAAGCUGUCGAUAUGGAACAAGACCCCUGGAUCAAAAACCUUAGACAACAAAAGGACCAAAGAAGCCAAAAAAAUUUGUUGAAUGCCCUGGAGAAGCGUAAAACAUUUUGUAUGGCUCAGAUGUCUAAGCUUCUAAGACAAGCCGUUAGUAUUCAUGAGGAUUUGGGACAAUGGGCUGCAGACGCAUUCAUUUCCGAAGUCUUAAAAAGACUUGAGACCAAACGAGCCAGGCAGCCAACGGACAUUCUUGAUACACUAGAAAGAAAAGAAGCGAACUUUGUCUUUGAAACUCUAUCGCAAUUGCCAAUACAGCCUGGUAAACAGUAUUGGGAUAGCGAGCCCGAUCGAGUCUCUGGGAAGGCCAAUCUCCUUAUAGACCUUUUGGAGAGGGAGUAUACAUCAGAUUUUACUGGGAUUGUAUUUGCCCAACAAAGGUCAACUGUUACAAUGCUUGCACAUCUCAUUUCUAGACAUCCCCGGUUGAAGCAUAAGUUUGUAUCUGGUGCUUUUUUGGGUGAUUCUGGCUACGCGGGUCGAACAUCAACGAUAAUCGAACUUCACGACUUGAAGACUCAAAAAGGCUCAAUAGAUGACUUACGUUCCGGGAAGAAAAACCUGCUUAUCGCAACGUCUGUUCUUGAGGAAGGCAUUGAUGUGUCAGCCUGCCAUCUUGUGGUCUGUUUCGAUACCAUCAGCAAUCUCAGGUCUUUUAUUCAGAGAAGGGGCCGAGCCCGGAAAGAACGCUCUAAAUUCGUCAUGUUUCUGAAUGGUGACGAUAAUUCCCAAGGAAAGAAAUGGACCAAAAUGGAAGAUGUCAUGAAGAGUAUGUACGAGGAAGAUAUGCGCAGGCUCGAGGAUGUUUGGGCGAAAGAGAACGUCGAAGAGGAAAGUGAUGAAGAUCGCCGGAUUGAAUCCACAGGUGCUCUCUUAACGUUUGAGAAUGCUCGACCCCAUUUGGAACAUUUUUGUGCCACUCUUCAAUGUGAAUUCACAGACACUCGGCCUGUUUUCAUGUUCCGUGAAAACGAACUAGGUGGGAUGGUCACUGCUAAAGUCUUACUGCCCAACGUACUCGAUCCCAAAUUUCGAGUAAUAAAGGGCUCUAAAUGGUGGAGAACAGAGAAGCUCGCCCAGCGCGAUGCUGCAUUCCAGGCAUAUCUUAAACUUUAUCAGGAGGGUCUCGUCAAUGACCAUUUGCUACCAGUACAUUGCAUGGCUAUGGAGCAUCCAGCGCUGGAAUACUCUGAGAAGUCGCUCAAUCUUGUAAAGGUAGCCGGACGUUUCAAUCCGUGGCGUAUGAUUGCAAAUAACUGGGAAACGACGAAAACUUUCUAUCAGAGUCUGGUCGAAAUAUCACCUGGAUCUCUCUUAUUUCCUAAAAUGCGCAUGGUGCUACCAAUGCCCCUCCCCUGUCAGAUUACAUUUAAGAUUUAUUGGAACGAGAAGAGUACUUUCAAAGUGUGUUUGAAACCACUGCCGUCGAACUUCAAGCCAAGUCAUGUCAAGAUGCUUCCGGAAUGUUUGGAUUUCUCUUGUUUAUUUCUUCCCGACAUGGAAUUAACCGGCGAAGCUCUCAUGGAAUGGUGGUUGUCUGUGCAAGGAAAAAUUCCAGCCAGCGAUGCAUCCGGUUAUGACCACCAGGACAUUAAGAAUUUGGGACUUGUCAGGAGGCUCGACAAGAAAACGCGGCCAUGGACGGUUGAGCGAUAUAGAUGGAUGAAGAGGGUUUAUGAAAACACGCAAUUAGAAGACAUUGACAGCAGUUCUGAAGCGGGGGAGCCGGAAAUUCUUCACGUUGAGGGCACAGCAUGGCCCAAGCGUACUGAUUUUUUGCAUCCUGUAGCUCACAGUGGCGGCUUACAUCUCCACCACACAACCAAAAAGUGUUAUCCGGCCAGCGACUGCUCUAUUGAUAAACUACCCCUUGAGUACUCCAUGUUUGCCCUCCUCGCUCCGUCAAUCAUCCAUAACGUGGAAAUCUAUCUUAUCGCAGAGGAAUUGAACAAAACUAUCCUCCGGCCGAUUGCUUUUACAGAUCUGAGCCUUGUCAUCACUGCGAUAAGCGCAUCUGUAGCGAGAGAAGCAACCAACUAUCAACGUAUUGAAUUUUUGGGUGACAGCAUACUCAAGUUCCAAACAACCCUCCAGUUGACAGCGACGAAUCUUAUCUGGCACGAGGGCCUUCUGUCAAGAGCCAAGGACACUGUGGUAUCCAAUAAGAGGCUCUCAUACGCAGCCAUUGAAGCAGGGUUAGAUAAGUUCAUCCUGCUGGAUGUUUUCACAGGAGCAAAAUGGCGGCCACCCUAUAACAAGGACCAUCUCGAAAGUGAAGAGCAGGGCGUCGCUCAACGAGAAAUGUCCACAAAAACCCUCGCAGACGUAGUUGAAGCUCUGCUUGCGGCUGCCACUUUAGAUGGGGGUCAAAGAAAAGCCGAAAAGUGUCUCGAGAUUUUCCUUCCUGAAAUUCAGUGGAUGCCUCUUGAAGAUCGGGUUAACGCCCUCUACAGCUCUGUUCCAGAAGCGUACGAGAAUACCCUCACAUCUUGGUUUCAGGAGGUUGAAAGUCUAGUGGGAUAUGUCUUCAACAAAAAAGUUUUCCUGGUUCAAGCCUUCACCCACCCAUCCAACCCUGGCUCGAAAACAUCGUCAUACCAGCGGCUGGAAUUUGUUGGCGAUGCGAUCCUGGAUCAUAUAAUUGUCCACCACCUGUUCAAUGCCCCUCGAGCCCUCCCACAUUUCGACAUGCAUCUGAUGCGCACAGCACUCGCCAAUGCAGAUUUCCUCGCAUUUCUCUGCAUCGGUAUGUCUACCGAGCGGGUGCGCGGCGAGAUCGCCGAGUGCUCAAAGGAAAACACGUCGACAAAACUGACCACCCGCAAAGUCUCCCUCUGGCAAUACAUGCGCCACGGCACGUCAUGGGAACUCACCGCCGCCCAGCAACAAACCGCAAACCAAUACCAAACACUGCAGGCCGACAUUUCAGAAGCCCUGGAGAAGUCCCACACGUAUCCCUGGACUCUCCUUUCACGGUUUCAUCCGCAAAAGUUCUUCUCCGACCUCAUAGAGUCUGUUCUUGGCGCUAUAUUCAUUGACUCACAUGGCUCGCUGGACGCAUGCACUGCAUUCCUGGAGCGGAUCGGACUAAUGAAGUUCCUGCGACGCAUGCUAGUUGACGAGGACAUGGACCUUAUGCACCCCAAGCAGCGCCUCGGACAGGAGGUAGGUACAAGGAAGGUACGCUACGAGGCGGAACAUGUUGUUGAUGAAGAAGGGGGGAUUGGUACGCUGGGUUAUUGGACGUGUAAGGUGUUUGUAGGGGAUGAGUGUGUUGUUGAAGCAAAUGACGGAGUUAGUCUUAUGGAGGUUGAGGCCAAGGCUGCAGAGGCUGCUUUGGCGGUUAUACGGGCCAGAGGCGGUGUUGAUGUGGAUGCUGAUAUUGGCUUCGCUCCUGUCGGUGUUGGUGUUCGUGAUGAUAUUGGUGAUGGCGAUGGGGAUAGUAGUGAUGAUGAUAUUAUUGUCAGUGUCAAUGUCGCUGUUAACGAAGAUGGCGAUGGCGAUGUUCUUUUGACGUAA